CAUGCCUGUUCCUCUGCGCGUGCGUCCCGGCCUCUGACCCGGAAGUUCUCGCUUCGCUUAAAAGCGCUGGCCUGCUGCGCGCGGCCUCUUCCUGUCUGUCCCCGGACGGCGCGUGGUCCACGCCGAGCGACCGAGAGAAGCCCGGUCUGCGCCCUCAGAAUGACUGAGUGGGAGACAGCCACACCAGCGGUGGCAGAGACCCCGGACAUCAAACUCUUCGGCAAAUGGAGCACUGACGAUGUGCAGAUCAACGACAUUUCUCUACAGCAGAGUCUCCUGAUCCUGUCUGAGGCUGGUCUGACUCCUAACUGCUCCUUCAUGUUCCUCUCCUUAACACCCCAGGAUUACAUUGCUGUGAAGGAGAAGUAUGCCAAGUACCUGCCCCACAGUGCAGGGCGCUAUGCCGCCAAGCGUUUCCGCAAAGCGCAGUGCCCCAUCGUGGAGCGCCUCACUAACUCCAUGAUGAUGCACGGUCGGAACAACGGCAAGAAGCUCAUGACUGUGCGGAUUGUCAAGCAUGCCUUUGAGAUCAUCCACCUGCUCACUGGUGAGAACCCUCUGCAGGUCCUGGUGAAUGCCAUCAUCAACAGUGGCCCCCGGGAAGACUCAACACGCAUUGGGCGAGCCGGGACGGUGAGACGGCAGGCUGUGGAUGUGUCCCCACUGCGCCGAGUGAAUCAGGCCAUCUGGCUGCUGUGCACAGGUGCUCGUGAGGCUGCUUUCCGGAACAUCAAGACCAUUGCUGAGUGCCUUGCAGAUGAGCUCAUCAAUGCUGCCAAGGGCUCCUCUAACUCCUACGCCAUCAAGAAGAAAGAUGAAUUGGAGCGUGUGGCCAAGUCGAACCGCUGAUUUCCCAGCUGCUGCCUAAUAAAUAAACUGUGCCCUUUUGGACAGUUCCACCA